AGAGUUUUCCGAAAAACGUCCAGCUUAAAACAUCUUUCUUCAUAAAAUUCUUCUCGCCAAAUUUUCGCCCACACUGGUGAUGGUAAGGGAGCGUGUGACUGGGGGCGCCCUGCUACUGCUGCGUUUCGUCAGCACCUCCUGCCUGGUCCACCUCACCCAUGGCCUACUACAGGUGCCAGACCCCACCACCCAUCACUUCUUCCAUCACCCUUCACUGCCCGGUGGUUCCGACCCUGUUGAGGACAACAAUGCACCUGGCGACCACGUCAACAUCUGGGAAACUUCGCCAGGGUCUCAGGAUGCCUCUGGUCGAAGACAUCGUGACCCGAGUGUUCGUCGUCUGGUAAAAGGAAAAGAAUUCGAAGAGCGAGGCCAAGGGGUCAGAGGGGCACUUGUCGACAAUCGACUUACGAGGGACAGUGAUGUCGAGGUUCGUCUGGCUGGUCGACGAGACAGAUAUUCUGAUGGUCGCUAUGCAGUUCGUGUUGCUGAAGGCCGUAGUUUUGAUGCCCGACUUUCUGAAGGCCACCAACUUCAUGUCCGACGUGCUGAAGGCCGCCGAAUUGAUACACGACUUGCUGAAGGACGAGGACUUGAUGCUCGACUUGUUGAAGGCCGCCGCCUUCAUGUCCAAUACGAUAAAAUUCGAAGACUUGAUGCCCGACUUUCCGAAGGUCGACAACUUCACGACCGAAUUGGUGAAGAGCGAUAUCUUGAUGCCAGACAAGUCAAAGAGCAACGACUACUCAACAAGAUCGCUGAACGAAGACUGUUCGUCCAUAAAAGAUCUGAUACACACCUUCGUGGUGGACAAUUUAUUGAUAAACAACCUGACGCAAGGAAGGCUGAAGAACGUCGUCUUGACACAAAGAGAAAUUCCGGAGAACGUCGCCUUGACACGAGGAGGAACUCUGAAGAACGGCGCUUUGACACAAAGAGGAACUCUAAAGAACGACGUCUAGACACAAGCAGGAACUCUGAAGAACUUCUUCUUGACACAAGGAGGAACACCGAAGAACGACGCCUUAACACGAGGAGCAACACUGAAGAACGACGCCCUGACGCAAGGGGGAACUCUAACGAACGUCGCCUUGAGACAAGGAGGCGCUCUGAAGAACGUCGCCUUGACACAAAGAGGAACUCUGAAGAACGACGCCUUGACACAGGAAGGAACACUGAAGAACGGCUCCUUGACACAAGGAGGAACACUGGAGAACAACGCAUUGACACAAGGAGAAACUCUGAAAAUCGGCGGCUUGACACAAGGAGGAACUCUGCAGAACGACGCCUUGACACAAGGAAGAACACUGAAGAACGACGCCUUGACACAAGGAUAAACUCUGAAGAACGCCGCCUUGACACAAAAAGGAACUCUGAAAAACAACGCCUUGACGCAAAGAGGAACACUGAAGAACGGCGCCGUGACACAAGGAAUAACAGUGAAGAACGACGCCUUGACACAGAGAGGAACUCUGAAGAACGUCGCCUUGAUACAAAGAAAAACAUUGAAGAAAGUCGCCUUGAUACAAGGAAGAACACUGAAGAACGUCGCCAUGACACAAAGAGGAACUCUGAAGAACGACGCCUUGACACAGGAAGGAACACUGAAGAACGGCUCCUUGACACAAGGAGGAACACUGGAGAACAACGCAUUGACACAAGGAGAAACUCUGAAAAUCGGCGGCUUGACACAAGGAGGAACUCUGCAGAACGACGCCUUAACGCAAAGAGGAACACUGAAGAACGGCGCCUUGACACAAGGAAUAACAGUGAAGAAGGACGCCUUGACACAAAAAGGAACUCUAAAGAACGACGCCUUGACACCGGAAGAAUCACUGAAGAACGGCGCCUUGACACAAGGGAGAGCUCUGAAGAACGACACCUUGACGCAAGGAGGAACUCUGAAGAACGUCGCCUUAACACAGGAAGGAACUCUGAAGAACGUCUCCUUAACACAAGAAGGAGCUCUGAAGAACGUCGUCUUGACACAAAGAGGAACUCUGAAGAACGACGCCUUGACACAGGAAGGAACAGUGAAGAACGGCGCCUUGACACAAGGGCUAACUCUGAAGAACGUCGCCUUGACACUAGGAGGAAGUCUGAAGAACGUCGCUUUAGCACACGGAGGAACUCUGAAGAACGUCGUCUUGACACAAGGAGAGCAGAAGAACGUCACCUUGACACGUGGAGGAAUACUGAAGAACGUCCCAUUGACACAAGAAGGAAUACUGAAGAACGUCGCCUUGACGCAAGGAGAAACACUGAAGAGCGUCGCUUUGACGCGUGGAAUAAUGCUGAAGAACGGCGCCUUGAUACAAGGAAGAACACCGAAGAACGACGCCUUGACACAAGGCGUAACAUUGAAGGACAUCGCCUUGACACAAAAAGGAACACUGAAGAACGUCACCUUGACACAAGAAGGAACACCGAAGAACGUCGCCUUAACACAAGGAUGAAUACUGAAGAACGUCGCUUUGACACAAGAAGGAACACAGAAGAACGUUGCCAUGACACAAAGAGGUACAGUGAAGAACGUCGCCUUGACACAAGAAGGAAUACUGAAGAACGUCCCCUUGACACAAGAAGGAAUACUGAAGAACGUCGCCUUGAUACAAGGAGGAAUACUGUAAAACGUCACAUUGACACAUGGAGGAAUACUGAAGAACGUCGCCUUAACACAAGAAGGAAUACUGAAAAACGUCGCCUUGACGCAAGGAGGAAUACUGAAGAACGUCGCGCUGUCACGAGAAUUAAUACCGAAGAACGUACUCUUGACACAAGAAGGAAUACUGAAGAACGUCGCCUUAACACAAGAAGGAAUACUGAAGAACGUCGCUUUGAUACAAGAAGGAAUACUGAAGAACGUCGCCUUGACACAAGAAGGAAUACUGAAGAACGUCGCCUUGACACAAGAAGGAAUACUGAAGAACGUCGCUUUGAUACAAGAAGGAAUACUGAAGAACGUCCCCUUGACACAAGAAGGAAUACUGAAGACCGUCGCUUUGAUACAAGAAGGAAUACUGAAGAACGUCCCCUUGACACAAGAAGAAAUACUGAAGAACGUCGCCUUGACACAAGGAGGAAUACUGAAGAACGUCGCGCUGUCACGAGAAUUAAUACCGAAGAACGUACUCUUGACACAAGAAGGAAUACUGAAGAACGUCGCCUUGUCACAAGGAGGGAUACCGAAGAACGUCUCCUGAACAGUAGGAAAGCUGAAGAACGGGGCCUUGACACAAGGAGGAAUAUAGAAAAACGUCGCCUUGACACAAGGAGGAAUACCGAAGAACGUCGCCUUAACAGUAGGAGAGCUGAAGAACGGCGUCUUGACACAAGGAGGAAUACUGAGGAACUUCGCAUUGACACAAAAAGGUACAGUGAAGAACGUCGCCUUGACACAAGAAGGAAUACUGAAGAACGUCGCCUUGACACAAGGAAAGCUGAAGAACGUCGCCUUGAGACAAGGAGGAAUACUGAAGAACGACGCCUUGACACAAGGAGGACAACGGAAGAACGUCGCCUUGACAAAAGGAGGAAUACUGAAGAACGUCGCCUUGUCACAAGAAGGAAUACUGAAGAACGUCGCCUUGACACAAGGAGGUAUUCUGAUGAACGUCGCCUUGACACAAGGAGGAACACUAAAGAACGUCUAAUUGACACAAGGAGGAACACUGAAGAACGUCGCCUUGAAACAAGAAGGAAUACUGAAGAACGACGCCUUGACACAAGGCGGACAACAGAAGAACGUCGCCUUGAAACAAGGAGAAAUACUGAAGAACGUCUCCUUGACACAAGGAGGAAUACUGAAGAACGUCGCCUUGAAACGAGGAGGAAUACUGAAGAACGUCGCCUUGACACAAGGGGAGUUGAAGGUCGUCGUCUUGACACAAGAAGAGUUGAAGGUUGUCUCUUUAACCCAAGGAGCUGUGAAGGCAGUAGCCUUGACACAAGGAGAGCGGAAGAAUGUCGCUUUGACACAAACAGGAAGGUUCCUGGAGAGCUGCUGCUUCAAGGCUACAAGUUGUCCGUGGCGCCAGUUUCCUCCUUGUUGGAAGUAGCACCCAAGACACAGCACCCUCACUCAUUGUUAGACGAUGUCACCUUUAUGAAGUCCCAACCUUCUGCCUUCAUGGACUCAGCCGCCUUCCAGUCCACACAUCCUUAUUUACCGGUGGAGGAACACAAGGACGAGAAGUGUGUGGGGGAUUUCCUUAUGACGGGAUUGUGGACGGGUCUGGCUACUAUGGCCCUCUACCACGCCCGCAACACCCACGCCUCCAAGCUGGCCGUGUUCUAGGUGCCACGCCAAUACCCCAACACGUUUUGUGCAACACAACACGUCAGCUGCUCUACUGGACCAUAUCUAAACUUACAUAGGAUUCGAUUUUCCUACUAUAUAUGAUUACUUCGAGAGGCAUAUUUAGUAUGUACCAGUAUUGUAUACAGACCUACUCUGUUAUACGCCAAAUAUCACCUUUGAAAUUCAUCCCAAGUUGAUUUUUCUUUCAUCACUGUGCUCACAAUACCCCAAACCCGAGAGACACCGAGGCUUCCUGAUGCGCACUUCAUACUUCACCUGACAUUGUUUUGUUAUUGAUUGUUCUCUGUGUCUGACGGAACCAAACUUCAUUGCCUUGCAACUCCCUAUGGUGUUUAUAUCUAAAGUUUUCCUAAUAAUAUUUUUCUAACUCACUACUUAUUGGGAGAUGAAUAAUUUUGAAGGUAUAAGGACUUAAUGAUUUUUUGACUGCCUUUUUUAAGUUUCCAGUAAGUUAAUGUUUACAUUAAGAAAGUCUGAAACAACAGUAUUGUAUAAGGAUUAUGACUUAGUAAUUCCUCGAAGGUUCAAUUUACUUUUGUAUAAAAACAUUAAUGUGUUAAACAAAGGGGCGUAUCGUAAACUGCGCGCUUUAUAACCAUUCAGAGGUUCUAAAAGCAAUAGUUGUGUUAAGUAAACGGUAAAUUAUUCUUGUUACUAUUCGUUUGCUGCCCAUUGUUGAAGUGAACACGAAUCAUCACCAGUCUCACGUGCUUUAUAACGUCACAUUCAUCAAUUUGAUUCACAUCUUCAUUACAAUUUUUUAAAGAACAUCUUAAAUAUUGCUAUCCCGUUUUCUAUUCAAUACCGGCCGCCACGAGAACGACUCCUGCACGAUUUUCGACGCUAAACGGCUGAUGACGUUCCCAAAAGGUCGGAACAACUCUCUCCUGCACCUGACUUCACUUUCACUAUCCCCAGGUCGCUGUAUGCGCACCUGGAACCAGUAUAAUCAUCUUUACAUUGUCUAUUGAAGACAUUGGUCAAUAUCAUAGUCAAUAAAAGGAUGUAGAGUUGUUGUUGGUCUUUAAUGUUAGAUAAUGUAGUAAUUCGUGUACUUUAGGAUUGAUGUAACUCGCCGUAAGACUAGAAAGAUACUUCUUGUACCUGGGGUAUGCUUGCAAUCUGGCACUCUCUAUUGAUGUGAUCUCUUGGGGACUACUUAUCUGUCCUUGAGAAUAGUAUAUGCAUGCUUAUAAUAAUAGCUACUGUACAGCGCAUAUAUGGUAUACAAUAAAAUGGUGCCACGUCAAAAAUUUAGUUGUUGAACCUUGUCUGUUGUAUUUAAGGAGCCAUGGUUUGAUGUGAGAAUUCAUGUAAAUGGCUCUCUUCAGCUUUUAAUUUUGAUGAAUUCUUAAAGGUUCUUAAUGUUCAACUUUACCUUAGGUAAGAAUGUGAAAAUUUAUUCAUCCUGUCUCACCAGCUAAAAGAUCAUGUGAAUUCC